CAUUCUGAAUCAUCCUGAAUAUGCGCUAAGCGCUGAUGAUAAUCUUCUUAUUUACGUUGCGUAUUGAAGUUUUUAUGAAUUUAACAUGUUGAAGACGGUAAAAAUCAUAGGGUUACAGCGAGCGUAUUUUGCUAGUGCUUCUCCAAGUGCAAGUUUUGCCAAUAACCGUUCACCUGUUAUCACAGCCAAAAAGAUCCAGUUCAAUUUAUUCGCAGAUGAGCUACGCGUGGCCAGUGGACAAAAUACAAAGUUUGGAAAACUAAAACUAGUGUCGGACGGUUGGCGGCAUAGGAAAUCGGCUGGUGACUUUUUCAUUCUGCACCCGGUUAAGGAAGCAUUUCAAGCUCACGCCUUAAGUAAUGUGUCGUUCACGCAACUGAGCGUUCGUCAGCAGUUGAUAGCAAAUCUAAAGACGAAUGGUGUUCUGGAUCCGACCGCUUAUCAGGCAGAAGGAAUUCCUGCUGUGCUGAACGGAGACCAUGUGCUGUUGGCUGCUGAAACGGGCUGCGGAAAGACGUACACAUAUUUGAUUCCAAUAAUGGAACAACUCUUACAAAGGAAACUUCACGAAAGGCAAAGAGAAUUUAACUCUCCCUUAGUGUUGAUUUUAACCCCGGGCAGAGAACUGGCGCAGCAAAUCGGACGGGUAGCUGAGAGUUUGGUUGAAGGAACUGGAAUAAAAACCAGAAUUUUGUUAGGCGGUCGAACGAAACAGCAAAUGAUGAAUCCGCAUUUCGAAGAUAUUGAUAUUCUUGUCUCGAGCUUUGGCGCCUUAAGUAAGCUUAUUUCAUGUGGAAUAUAUAAAACUGACCAAGUACGAUGGGUAGUGCUAGAUGAAGCCGACACACUUCUUGAUGAUAGUUUCAACUCUAAACUUUUGCAUCUUAUGAAGAGGUUUCCAUUCCAUAAGAACCAUUUAUACGAUCUUGGGGAGAAUAUUCAAGGAACACAGUUAGUAUUGGCGGCAGCUACGAUGCCUUCCAAUAUGACGGAAUUGCUCGGACAAAUAUUGAACGUUGAAACUAUGGAGGAAGUAGUUAGUCCAAAUCUGCAUAGGCUUAUGUCUCAUGUUACACAACGGUUUCUUAGAGUGAAAAAAACUGAGCGGGCAAACAUUUUGUUUGAUUUAGUGCAAAAAGAUACGAAACGUCGGCGCCCUACAAUAAUUUUUAGCAACAAAACUCCGACGUGUGACUUCAUUUCGAUGUACCUGAAUGAAGCUAAUUUUCCUUGCGUGAAUCUACAUGGCGACAUGUUACUGAAGCUUCGCCUGGGCCAGUUCGAAAAGUUCCAACAAGGAGAAAUUAAUGUCCUCUCAACUACGGACGUUGCUAGCCGCGGACUAGACACGACCCGAGCAGCCCACGUGAUUAACUUCGAUUUUCCUCUGUACAUGGCCGACUAUAUUCACCGAAUAGGACGCAUUGGACGUGUCGGAAGUCGGGGAAAUUGUUUAGUAACGAAUUUGGUUUCAAGCCAGGCGGAAAUCGGUGCCGUUCAAAGGAUCGAGCAUUCGGCACGGACUGACCAUCCGUUAGCCAAUGUGGAUGCGAACGUGAAAGGCAUCAUCAGGAGGCGAAUUAAGCGAAGUUUAGGAAUUGAGGAAUGAUAAAUUGGAAUGGUUAAUAAAGCUUUAGGUAUUCCUUUG